GUUAGACUCUGGUAAAAAGUUGUAUUAAAGGCAGGAUUUGCUCAGACAGCAUCUGAAGUCACAAAGUUACAACCAAAAGAAUUCAGCCUAAAUAUGGGGUCUGGAUCAGACACAGAGACCAGCCAUGCCAAAGAAAUUCAGCCAAAUCCUGUGGUCACAUCAGCCAAAAGGUCCGAUCAUCAAUAAGAAUUGAUGGAUGGUGAAUCAGGGAUUAAAUGGAGUAUUUUCUGAUCUUCAUUAGCUCGAUUGACAGUUUAUUUUCAUCGCUGUGUUCCGUGUCAAUUCUUUGGAUUCUCAGUGUCUUCUGUUUGAAGAAACUGGAGGAAUCUGAUCGAGUUCAAGCAAAGGUACGUGACCAUUUCAGUACAUUUUAGGCCCUUUUGGAAGUGAGAGGGUUAUGGGUUCAUUGUUUCUAAUUAAAAAAAUCAUUAAAGUUGUUAUAAAAAGCCACAUAUUCACUCAACUGUAACUUGUAGUGAUUGAAAACCAAAUAUCGAAACUUAGGCAGAAAUUGCUAGAUUGGAAAAACUGCCAAUUCCCUGAUAGUCUUCACUAAAAAACUAAAUCAGAAUUGCAAAAUAAACGCUAAAAGUGCUGUUUGGGAAAAAUUCUCACUUAUAAUCUCAGCUUGGAUAUUUGGAUUUCAGUUUGGAAAUAAAUGAAUAAACUCUAAAGUGUUUAUUUAUGAAAGAGAUACAUAAAAUUCAACUAGAAUAAAGCAUUCAGCGAUCCAGAACUACCUACUGGCUGUGGGUCACUACUCCAUGAGUUCCUAUUGGCUGUGGGUCACUGCUCAAUGAGUUCCUAUUGGCUGUGGGUCACUGCUCCAUGAGUUCCUAUUGGCUGUGGGUCAAUGCUUGAUGAGUUCCUACUGGCUGUGGGUCAUUGCUCUAUGAAUUCCUAUUUUCAGUUACAUAGUUACAUAGGCUGAAAAGAGACUUGUGUCCAUCAAGUUCAGCCUUCCUCACAUUUGUUUUUUGCUGUUAAUCCAAAAGAAGGCAAAAAAAAACAGUUUGAAGCACUCCAAUUUUGCAACAAAUUAGGAAAAAUUCUCUCUUGACCCCAGAAUGACAGUCAUAUUUAUCCUUGGAUCAAGAAGUCAUUACCCUACAACUAAAAAAAAAUAAUCUUUUAAUAUUAUGUUUUUGCAAGUAUGCAUCUAGUUGCUGUUUUAACAUCUGUAUGGACUCUAAUAAAACCACCACUUCAGGCGGAGAAUUCCACAUCCUUACUGUUCUUACUGAAACCCUUUCCUUUUCCUUAGACUAAAUCUCUUUUCUUUCAGUCUAAACAUGUGACCCCGUGGUUAUGGUGCCAGGAGUACCCUGUUUGCCCUUCCAGAGUAAGCAGUCAGACCAGAAUGUUAAGAACGUUCUGACAGCUUACCGGGGUCCUGCUAGGAGUCUCUAUGCUGCCUCCCUUACUGACAGACGCUAAUAACAAUGACCUUAAUUGUAAUUGUUUUGAUUUUUUCAAAUGUACUCUUUGAGUUGAGGCUCUUUUUUGCGUGUCUCCUGUCUGGGCUGGGUAUCAUUGGUAAAUAAAGGAGGCCUCACGCCAGCCUCCUCAAGUCCUAGCUGAGGGUAAGAUAUUUGAAUAUUUCAUCUUUCGUGUGAGCCUUUCCAGAUAUUAUAUGUUUGUUCUUUGUUUUUCCAGCAGAUAAAGCAUGCGACAGGAACAACCCCUGGAGCCAACACAGAGUAGGUAGCUGUGAGUUAGUGGUCUAUGAUGGUGUCUGCAUGAAUUGAGUGUUUGAUGGGCUGUAGGUCGGCUGGGAAAUGUCUGAAUGGGAUCAUUGGUUUCCCGCAACCAACUUCUACCUUAAACUCAAUCGAGAGUUAUUUCAGCAAUGAGUAUUCUGGGUGUGAGCAAUUACCUGUCAAACUUCUAGAAGGUUACAAAUGAAAAAUGUCUAAAACAUCUACAUUCCGGGGAGAUAACCAUCAAGUGACAUGUUUUACCACUGAGUCAAAGUGCUGUCUAAAUACGGGAACUGAGCUUCAAAACUUUUUAUGACACAGAGAACUACACACUCAGUGACAAAUGAUUUAACCGAAACACGACAACUCUUCGUAGUGUCUAAGGGUCUCCAGGUAACGUCACAGUAACCAGCUUCCAGUGGGCAGUUUCCUGCUCAAUAUGACUGGCCCUGCACCAACCACGGAGUUACCCGAUGUGGAUAAAGUGGCAUACAGGACCACGUAAAUAAAAUUUGCUGCAGUGUGAUUGACCUGGUGGUUCUGAUGUUAAGUACCGACACACUAUCACUCGAUGGUGCAAAGAAAACUAUAUGGGCUAGACGUCUACUAAACACCUAUUUGCACAUGUACAUGCAACAGAAAGCAAUAUAACGUGAACCAACAGUCCGUUGACUGUCAAUCUGUGUAUAGGAUAACUGAGAGGGUGCGUGAGUAAGAUGAUAGCUAUAUUAGUAAAAAAUUAGCCAAAGUGAUUUGCUAGUUUUAGUAUUCUUUGCAGUCAGAACCACUAGGAAGAGAGUUGAUCACACUGCAGCAAAUGAUAUUUACGUGGUCCUGUAUAACACUUUAUCCACAUCAUUGGGUAGCUGCAUUCCAGUAUACCUUCUUUUUUAACACAUGUACUGGCACCCAGCCCUUAGGGCAUUUCUGCUUUAUAUUUCCAGUUCCAUGUGUUACAACUUGUCACAUGACAAGACAUUUUUAAUGUGUGAAUUUUUCAGUUCCAUUUUCUUUUUUAUGUGUAUUUUUUUCUUUUGUAUUGAUACUCUAGAGUACCUUAUUGCUGUAUUAUUAUAUACAGUUGUUAGACAAUAUUUUACUAUUUCAUUAAAAGUUAUAUUCUAUUAACACAGGUGUUUCACAACAUCAAUUGUUUUCCAUUAUAUGGUCAAGGGAUUAAACCCCUUAUAGGACAGUGAUUCACCUUCUCUAACCUGGAAUUCAUUGUGGUAGAAAAUAUUUGCUUCAUUUAUUAUUUCAUUAAUAUUAUUAUUAUUAUCCUUAUUAUUCUUAAACCAGCAAGAACCGGUCAUCAUCUGUUGGUACCAGCAUUGAAAAUGCAGAGAAGUUUUUGACACUUUUUGAUGGCUUUUUGGUGGAACUGGAUAGCGUCACAGAGAGACAUCCAUCACUGCAGGAACAUAUUCAAAAUCUGCAGGUAACCAUCAGGAGCUUGCUGUCUCCUUCUAUUAAAGACAAUUAUGUAAUAAAAUUCGAGACUAACCAAAAGAUAUACAUCUUCCCCAAAAAGAGCAAAGCAAAUGUUAUAUCCAGAAUUUAUUCCAUGCAAAUUAUUGCUGGACAAUUAGAGCAUGGAUUUUUAUAAAAUAUUUCUAUAUUUUAUGCCUAUUUAUUUCUAUGUGAAUUGGGUGGUUUUGCAUCACUGCGUCUUAUGGCGCCUUUGUUUGUGUCAUUUUGCAGAGAGCUAAUAAAGAACUUCAGAAGAUCCAGAUUGUGAUGGAAUCAUUGAAGACUCGCUUUUUCUAUGGUCCGGUUCUUGAUGUAUAUAUAAAAUAUAGGAUCCACCGUCUACUCGCUAAGUUUGAACACACAAAGGCUUACAUCGACUUAAGGUGAGUCUCAUAGACAUUGAGAAGACUGUAAAGAGAUUGGAUUGGUUAAUCCUUUCCGACGGGCAGCCUCACUGCUCACUGCCUCACUGCUCAAUUCUCUGCCAUUUAGGAGUUUAAUCACUUUGUUUAUACAGCUCUUGUUACAUUUCCCUGCAUGUGACUUACACAGUCUUCCUAAACACUUCCUGUAAAGUGAGCUGUAAUGUUUCCACUUCCUGUAUUGCACAUUCUGUUUAAUUUAGAAUUUUGUAUCUCCUGCUCUUUUAAUCGCAUUCCAGACCAUGCAGGAGCCCCCUGUGUGUGAUUACAGUUUAAUUUACAGAGCAGGAGAUAAAAACGUUCUAAAGUACAUUAAAUGGUAGAGCAUUGAGCAGUGAGACUGCAGUACCAUGUUUUAUACACUAAAUCUGCUUCAUCAUUACCCUAAAGUUGUUUUGAUGCCAAUAACGUUCCUUUAAUGAAAGAGGUGACACUCUUACUAAGCAUCUUUUAUCAUGAUUCUGUCUUUCCUUCUGCAUUGGGACAAUUGUAUUAGCCUCUCUACACCCUCCUUUUUGCAGACUUUACUUACUGAAGGCAUCCCAGGGGCAGUUUGAGGCCUGGUUGUGCCGGAGUAGGCUGUUAAAGAUGUGGCUUGCAGAGUCACUAUCUCUCCAGGAGUCCGUGCACAAUAUGGAAUGUGACAGCCAAGCUGACAUCAGAAAACAUCUCCAAAUUCAAAAGGUGAACGACAAGUCACCAGGUUGGGUACCAGGGAAAGUCAAGCAGGUUAUCACAUUUUUCCAAAUAAUUAAUCUUUUGCGUAUGUUUGUUCGCAUCACAUCAUUUUAGUUGGUUUCCUUUUGUUCAGACAAAAUGAUGGAGAAAUUAAAUCCAUUAUGAUGUUACAGAUGUUUUUGUUGUUGGUCCUUCUCCUGUCUCACUCACAUUGCAUCCACUGUUUAGGUCCUGAGUGCGGAAAGCGCGAGGAUAGGCAGUGAGCUGGAGAUCUAUAAGAAGGACUCGAGUAAUCUGGAAAAUACUCUACAGGUAAAGUUCACAAAUGGAUUUUAAGUUAAUAUUCAUUUGAGGAAAAAACUCCAAUGUAUUAUUUAGAUUGCAAAGCAGGGACAAAAAUUUCGCUGCUAAAAAAUUAUUCCCCUCUGCUAUUUUCUAACGUGUACAUAUUAAUUGCUUGAUAGUCAGACUUGAAGAUUUGUUUCAGACCAAACUUUAAUUUGGCUGGAUUUGGGAUUAUUUGUUAUUGUUCCCGAAUUCCCGAACUCUGAGCUGAACUGUACCCGAGUCACAGAACAUCAGAAGCGUGCAAUGCCGAGCACGUUUAAUUCAAAAGUGAUGAUUGAUGGGGAAAUAAGGUGACUGAUGGUUGGAGCACCGCCACAAAAUGUAGAUUUUAACCCCUUAAAUAUAUAAACAUAGAUUAUUUGUAAACUGGUCAUCUUUUUAUCAUUUUGUCGUUUACCUUUUAUCAUUUGAUCUGAGAACCAAAUGGCAGGGAAAUGUUCCCGUCCGCUUACUAUAAAAUUGAUACACAGCAUCAUAUUAUGUUUAGAUUUUGCACACACUGAAUGGCCAAUUUUCCUGGUUUUUUUUUUCUCUUCUGAUUCGGUUCCUGAGCCAAACUGUCUUUUAGCUGAAAUUCGAUGUCUCAAAGUUUUUUUUAUUUUUGGAAAAAUUGGUUGAGCUGAGUCACGUUUUCUCUCUAUGUACAAGUCUACUACUCUCUAUUCUCUCCUUCGAGCUAUGCAAAUAACGGCUUUAACUACAUGUUUGACUGUAUUGUGCUCUCCUUUCUUCAGGAGAUCAGCAGUUGGUCCAAGAAAUUCGAACUCUUUCUUGGGGCAAAAAUGUAUCAGAAUGGGACAAAAAGAUGGAAUGAAGUUCUUAGUCAAUCAAUAUCUGAUGAGGUAAAUAUUUUACUGAGUGUGGUAUACAACCCAUUCUAUAAUGCAACUAAAUAUUCAAUUUAGGAUAAAAUAUUCGUCAUGAGGCCUCAUUUACACAGCUCAUGUAUUUGGGAUCUGAUGGCACAUGCAGUUAGUAUGUUUGGGAGGUGAUGGCACAUGCAGUUAGUAUGUUUGGGAUCUGAUGGCACAUGCAGUUAGUAUGUUUGGGAGGUGAUGGCACAUGCCGUUGGUAUGUUAAGAAGGUGAUGGCACAUGCCGUUGGUAUGUUUAGGAGGUGAUGGCACAUGCCGUUGGUAUGUUUGGGAGGUGAUGGCACAUGCAGUUAGUAUGUUUGGGAUCUGAUGGCACAUGCCGUUGGUAUGUUUGGAAUUUUGUCAUAUACAGUUGUUUCAUUCAGGAUCUGAUAAUGUCUUGUAAUAUGAAUCUUCAUGCAUUUUGUGUUAUUCUAUGCAGAUGGACCAGGUAUGUCUACGUUUUUUGACAUUGACAAACUUGGUGAAGUGUUACCAGAUCCAUCUUGAAGGUCUGUCUCAAAUGCUCCAAACGCAGAAUAAGGUUCCACGGACUCCGAGAGCAUCAAUAACUAAUAUUCCACUCAGUAUUACUGCCACGAAGUGAACCGCGACUAAUCCAGCAGUGAUCGUUAACUAGAUCCUGCUGUCUGUGGAUUGCGCUGUUUAUUAUUAACACACACGGAGCUAUACUGCCAUCAUAGUGCCCAAUACCGCUGGUAUCUAAUGCUAGUUUCAGGAAGGGAAAUGGCAAAAACAGAGCAAGACGAGAUGCAUCGAAAGACGUGUGUUUGUAAUUCUUUUAAUGUUACCUGAAUCUGAUUUUUAUGUACAGAUAGUCCUUUUCCCCACAAAUCAUUUUAAAUCCUGAGAACUCUUGAUGUAGGACAGAGAUGGCUAACUUUGGGUUUGGGGUGUCCAGUUUUUCUUUAUUAUUUAAGGAUAACCAACUCACAGCCUUCGAAAAUCUAAUAUUAUGAAUUUUUUUUAUGUAUUUUGGCACCCGCUGAUCUCAUAUGUUGAAUGUAAAAUGUAUCAGAUUGCAUGUUACCCUUAAUCUACAUUGCAACAUGAACUUUCACAAUAUCUAUACAAAUGUGUUGUUUUAUGUACCUGUAAACAGAGAACUAAAAAGUAUGUAGCCCAUUGUGCAGACACCUGGAAUGGAAUAUUCUGAGCCAGACCUACAAAACACGUAAUUAGGGAGAUUGACUGACACAGAAACCAGUCACACUACUUUCCUCUAUAGACAACCCUGCUAAUAAUGUUACUGUAGCCCCAGGGAGGAUGUGGACAGAUCAUUGUGUACAUAACUAACACUAUCGCUAUCAUUGUGUACAUCACUAACACUAUCACUAUCAUUGUGUACAUCCCUAAAACUAUCACUAUCAUUGUGUACAUCACUAAAACUAUCACUUUCAUUGUCUAUGUCACUAAACCUAUCACUAUCACUAUUGUGUACUUCACUAUCACUAUCAUUGUGUACAUAACUAAAACUAUCACUAUCAUUGUGCACAUCAAUAACACUAUCACUAUCAUUGUGUAGAUCACAAAACCUAUCACUAUCAUUAUGUACAUCACUAACACUAUCACUAUAAUUGUGUAGAUCACAAAACCUAUCACUAUCAUUGUGUACAUCACUAACACUAUCACUAUAAUUGUGUACAUCCCUAAAACUAUC